CCCACCCCCCAUGACGUCACGCGUGUGUGUGUGUGUGUGCCCGCCUGUGCGCGCCCCUUAAAGGCACCGCUCCGUACCGUGGACGCUGCUUCCCGCUCACGGAUGCCAACCGGGAACGUCGGGCAACAGCGUUGGCCAAGUAGGACGUGCUACUGAACCGAUUCAACCACGACGCCGGUUCGCGGAUCCGCGAUGGCUCUGAGCGACGGGUCGCUGCCGCGGCAGCGAGAGCUAGGAGGGGGGUCACUGGAGGGCGGGACGUCCCUGGGGGGCUCGGCGCGCCACCCGAUGAGCCAAGCGGACCUGGAGGGGCUGGCGAUGCGGGCGGAGCACCCGCCGCCCACGCUGCGGGAGCGCCUGUUCUCCUGCGUGCACUGCUCUCGCGCGGACCUGAGCGCCCGGAUGAAGCUCGCGUUCCCCGUACUGUCAUGGCUGCCGCGCUACCGUCUGCGCGAGUGGUUUCUCGGAGACGUCUUUGCCGGCAUCAGCACCGGUGUCAUCCAGUUACCGCAGGGAAUGGCAUACGCUCUGCUGGCCGGAGUACCUCCCAUCUAUGGCCUCUAUGCCUCCUUCUACCCAAUGCUAGUCUAUUUCUUCCUCGGGACAUCUCAUCACAUCUCCAUUGGCACGUUCGCGGUGCUGAGCGUCAUGGUGGGCGACGUGACGGAGCGCAUUGUGCCGGACGAGGACUUCCUCCUGCCGCCGGCAAACUUGACGGGCACCAACCAGACCCUGAGCAGCAUGCGAUUGUCCCUGGAGGGCAUCGACGUGGCAGCGCGCGACCAGGCACGCGUCUCCGUCGCUAUCGCCGUCACCUUCCUCUGCGGAAUCUACCAGCUGUCCCUGGGUAUGCUGCGGUUCGGAGUGGUGGCGACGUACCUCUCCGAGCCCAUGGUGCGUGGCUUCACCACGGCCUGCUCCAUCCACGUGUGCGUCACCCAGUUAAAGUACAUGUUCGGCGUCAGCGUCUCGCGCUACAGCGGGCCCCUGGCCAUCGUAUACACUACAAUAGAGUUCUGUUCCCAUCUGGGCCACACCAACCUGGUGUCGCUCCUGCUGUGCGUCAUCUGCACCGUGGGCCUUGCUGGGAGCAAGGAGCUGGGCGACCGCUACAGGAACCGCCUGCCCGCGCCCAUCCCACUGGAGCUCAUCCUGGUUGUACUUGCCACGCUCGCGUCCAGCGGCCUGGAGCUCAACGAGAAGCAUGCGGUGGACAUCAUUGGAGACAUUCCCACUGGCCUGAAGCCCCCGGUGGUCCCAUCGUUCACUCUGUUUGGCAAGGUGGUGGUGGACGCCAUCACCUUGGCCAUUGUGGGCUUCUCCAUCGCCAUCUCCAUGGGCAAGACGUUCGCCCUCAAGCACGGAUACAACAUCGACAGCAACCAGGAGCUGGUCGCCAUCGGCCUGAGUAACAUUUUCGGGUCGAUCUUCCACUCAUUCACCAUCAGCUGUGCCAUGUCGCGGAGCCUGGUGCAGGACGCGACGGGAGGGCAAACACAGGUGGCUGGUCUGGUGUCGGCGUUGUUGGUGCUCAUCGUAAUUUUGGCCAUCAGCAGCCUCUUCCGGCCUCUGCCCAGGGCGGCGCUGGCGGCCGUCGUUCUCGUCAACCUCAAGGGGAUGUUCAAGCAGUUCGCGGACGUGCCCCAGCUGUGGAGAACCUGUCGCAUAGACCUGGCCAUGUGGAUGGUGACCUUCUGGGCGUCCGUGCUGCUGGGGCUGGACCUGGGCCUGGCCGUUGCAGUGUCCUUUGCUCUGCUCAGCGUCGUCAUCCGCACCCAAACGCCCAAGUACUCGAUUCUGGGCAAAAUCCCCAACACCGACAUCUACCUGGACCUCAAAGAAUACGCGGAAGCGAAGGAGGUUUCCGGGAUCAGGAUAUUCCAGACCAACGCGUCGCUCUACUUCGCCAACGCCGAUAUGUACACGGAGGCGCUCAUCAGCAAGACCGGUCUGGACCCCCGGUCGCUGAUCGCCGUGCGUAAGAAGUUCCUCGCCCACCAGCAGCGCUUGGAGCGCAAGCGGCGUCGCGAAGCCGGGACGGAGGCCAAGAGCGCCACGCUCAAUCUGGACGGCGCCGAGGCGGGGCACGUGGUGCUUCCGCUGGAGGAGAGCGAGGAGCAGGGCCUCACCAGUCCCGCGUACCGCUUCCUCGUGCUCGACUUUGGCGCCGUGACCUUCGUGGACACGCCCGGGGUCAAGAUGCUCAAGAGGAUAUUCCAAGAGCACAAGGAGGUGGGAGUGCAAGUGUGCCUGGCUGGUUGUAGAGCGGUGGUGGUGACCCAGCUGGAGCGAACCGGCUUCCUGAGCGGGCCCUCCAGCAAAGCGCAGCUCUUCCUGAGCGUCCCCGACGCGGUGGCCCACUGCCAGCGCCAAGACGCGCUGCACAGCAGACCGGCGCUCACCACACCGCCUGGCGCGCACAACCACACGGCCGACGGAAGGGAGGACAAACACGCGCAUCACGUGGAGAACGGAGGGUGCUACCCAGAGCCCAGGAGCCCCGCGCCGAUGGGCUUGUCUCCAAGGGUCGGCUCGCCCUGGCGAGGGCUGAGGCUGCCGCCCGAGGAUUCCGCAGACGUGGAGGAGCAAUGAGACGCUUAGGUCGUGGAGAAUACAAAGAUGUGACGCACGCGCGACCGAGGAGAGGCGGGCGCACCGCCCCCUCGACCCUCGCGACGCCCUCCUCGGGAGACGAGGACGACGAGGAGGAGGAGGAGGAGAGAGGUACCCCUCGUCGACCGUGCGGCGCCGCUCCCGGAUGCCUCGUCCCGCGAGGCGGGGGCCGUGUCCCGUGCCGGGAGGGUCGUGGAGUCGCAGGAAGAUCAACGCGUAGAGGAACAAACGUCUGGAUAUAUGCAGGCGGAUUUGUUAUCCGCACGUCACUUGAGAUUUAACGCCGUGAUUCAUGUGCAAUUGAUUUGGUUGCGUCUUGAUUGUUGUCCGAGCUGCGGUGAUUCAGAGGAAGGGAAACAUGUUUUUUAUAUAUAUAUACAGAUAAGUACAUAUUUAAAAAAAAAAGUUGUCUCGGAAAGGAGGCUUAAAAAAACUUGUGUGUUUUGAGUUGGUUGUCUUUAGAAAAAGUUACUGUAGUUAAACCAUCACCAAGGUGGAUUCUGUUCACACGGGGUUGGUGACUUGCUGCUGCAUGGUUGUUGCGAGAUGGUUGCCAUGGUAACCAUAUCCACCGUCAGUGGUCCACCCUGCAGCACCCUUUGUUGAUGGGGUCUCCUCAGCACGCCUUGAAGUGAGCUUCUCGUAAAGCGCGGUGUGAACGUUUAAGCGGCAAAUUACACAAGCGUCGUCGUCAUCGUCAUCGCUGUUGGUGAUUGGCGUCGAUGAUGACACAGAGCGACGGGUUAGAAUGACAGCUUUAGCCAAAAUGCCUCCCAGGGCACCAAAAAUCCUCGAGGGCAAUCGCCUGCGUGUCACGUGACGAGUUUUACCGGGAGCGCGCGUGGUCGGUUGGGUUGGUGGCACGGGCAGUGCGUUGUGCGCGUGUGGACCGAGCGGCUGCGCCGCAGUCUCUGCAUCAGAGUUUGGAUCACUUAUUGCGUGUAUCACUUAUUGCGUGUAUCACUUAUUGCGUUUCUCCGGUCUUGACAAAUGACUCGCCCCAACGCUAUGAGCCUGGAACACAUUUCCUGGAGGCGUGUAUGGGUUUCCCUGGGUAAAGAUGAGAAACGAUUGUCAUUGUAGAAUGCGCAUUGUGGGCUGGGUGAGCGAUGUAUUUGCGUGCUUGUAUGUAUUAUGACGGACAUCUCAAAUUAAUUAAUUUUAUUUUAAAUAGAUUUUAAAAUAUUUCCGCUUAGUCUUCCACGAGCAUCCGUGCGCGAUGGGAAACCACGAUCGCUGAGAAUCCCUCGAACAAAGUUCAUGUCGUCGCCUGGCGGGAAGGGACAAAAAGUCGACUUCUGCGCGCUGGGUGGGGUAGGUAGCUGGGUAUGUGAUCAAGCAGGUGCAUAGGUGAGGGGUGGGUUAGCAGCCUGGUCGUCUUUAUUUACAGACGGGGGAGCACAGUUGAGUUGGGGCCUCUGGGAGGUUCUGCUGGUUGGCACUCAAUAUUGUGUGGGAGGACCCAGAGGGGCAGUUGCAAACUCCAGGAUUCGGUUUUCUGCUCCUCCUAAAGAGCACCAUACUCAACCUGAAUACAGUGGUACCUCGGUAUACGUCGUUAAUCCGUUCCAGAAGGGAGGACUUAUACCGAAGAUGACGUAUACACCAAACUAAUUUUUCCCAUAAGAAAUAAAGGGAAAAUAAAUAAUCCGUUCCAGAGUAAUAAGAAAUUAUAUUUUACAUGGCCUAUUAUACAUUAAUGUGGUUGUAUACAAUAAUUGAGACACUACUUAUUACUAAAAUGCAUACAUAAAUUAAAAUAAAUUAAAAUAAAUACAUAAAUUAAUUGAAAUAAAAAUGAAGUUUAAACAUCACUUUACCUUGCGGAGAGGAGUUGAUGGUGGUGAGGAAGGGGAGGAGGAGAUGUUUUUUGGAAGGAGAGUCCCCUUCCAUUAAAACUUCAGGAAGCUGAAAUUCUGGGUUUUUUUCAUCUUUCUCUUUUCUGUCUUUUUGUGUGUACUAUAGACUGUGAAAAUUCACAGAGUUACAGCAAGGGUUGUGCACUGAACGGGAUCUACAGGCAGAUUGAGGAGCGGCGCUUUGUUUCAGUCGUGAACGGGGUAUACGCGGGGACACGGUGAUUCAUCCCCCGACCCAUACAAGUUCUAGCAAGCGCGUCGUACCCCUAGACAAUUUUUUUUUCUCGUCCAAACACGACGUAUACCAAAUUCGACGUAUUCCAAAGCGGUCGUAUACCGAGGUAUGACUGUGUCUUUUGGUCACCAUGUGCAAAAUAUGGUAAGGUCCUGUUAUUGUAAUAUCAAAGCUCGAUGACACAUUCGACCACGAUCGAGUCGUGCGUGACAUAGCCAAUACGGUGGAAUGUAGCAUAGUAUCGACGAGGCUCGAUUACUGCAACUCGCUACUCUACGGGACGUCUGGCAAAAACUUUAGCAAGCUGCAGCGUGUACAAAAUUAUUAGGCACGUGUCGUGAUGGGUACUGCGAGAUCUCACAAUGUCCAUCCGGUGCUCGCCGAGCUGCAUUGGCUUCCGGUUGCCGAACAAAGACAUUUACAAGGUCGCACUCAUGACACACAAAGUGCUCGUCACCAAUGAACCACAGUACCUUGCUGAUCUCGUCAAGGAGCAUGAACCAUCACGCGAACUUGCAGCAUCUUUUGGCUAGCCAUCAAACAAAUAUGGUCACCGCAUCAUCGUGCGCUUUCAGAUGCGCUUCUGCGGCCGUCUGGAACGCUCUUCCUUCCCACAUUAGAAAGCCACUGGAGCUAUGCACUUUAAAUCUAGAUUGAAAUCACAUUUCUUUUAUAACUGCUUUUUUGUUUCGGUUUUUUUUUUGUCCUUCCCCCCCACACCUCCGAUUUAACACGGUUGCCUGCGUGCGGUGUGAAAGAAGUUCAACCUACGUACAUGCCCCGGCGGUCGGGCAGCGUUCCCCCACGGUUCACCGUGCGUCAUUCUGCAUGGUGAAGCCUCCCGUGCGUGCGUCUGCGACGUCGCACGCCGACGCUUCUCGGGUCGCUCCGUAACCUCCCGGCCGCGCGGUGCGGGUGCCGCGGCGCGUGACCUCUCGUCGCGAGAGCUCGAGAGCUCGAAUCCCGCUCGAGGCUCCGCUCAGCCGUCGUACCCUUCAGGAUCGACAAACGCGAGAACCGGUUGUGGGAAGUCAACCGCGGAUGUCCUUGACUUCGCCCGCCCCUGCCAUAGGAAUGUGGUAUUUCUACCACUGAGUUCCUCUGCGUGCUCGACAAGCGGUGGGGGCGGGGGGGGGGGGGUGCUCAGGCCGUUUGACCGCAUAUGCAGCGGUCGCUUGAUACCGAUUCGAGGUUGGGGGUGGGGGGCCUAGAGGCCGCAGCGGUCCGUGGCUCGAACGCGAACCACGAGUGCCACUGCGGCGCCCGCGGUGCAGAUAGCACGGAGCGUCGUGGCCUCGUCUGCCGAACGUGCUUCGCCACGGCACUGCGGGUGACGCUGCUGAAUUCGCCAGAUCACCGUCUCGCCUCCAUCUCCGGGUCUGGUUUCCUGGUGUCGGUGACUCCUGUGCGGUCGUGGAGAUGCAGCGAAGCAUUCGCGCAAAUUGUUCUUGGAGGUUUUUGUCGAACGGGCCUGGUGAGAAGUUUACACUCCACAAUGUGGACUUGGGUGAUUGGGGUCGUGAUUGGAUUCCUAAAUAAUCUUAAAAAAAAAUUGGAAACCGUUCAAAGACGCAGAUACUAACGACGGCGAUGACGUCGUGUAUUUUAAUUCCGGUUUAAUCUGCCUGAUCAGCACAAUUGUCCAGCACUCUUAAGAUUCGUACGGAAAGACUAUUUUAAAUAAUAACGUGUUUUUAUGUAAAUACAAAUAUGUUCUAUUUUGAAGUCCAUGAGAUGAAAGUCUGUAUCGAUACGAGUUCUAUUUCACAAAAGUGGCUUGUGUAGCAUUGGCGUUACACGCUAGCACAGUACGUUUCAAAAUAAAAAAAAAACAUUUCAAAUC